AGACGGCCAUCCAGAUUUCAUUGGGCACACCCCAAACUUUUCAAACCCUUCAAUCAAGCUUCCUCUGACUCCCUCUCGCUUUCCUUCCUACCCCUCCCUCAUUUAUCAUAUCUGUAAGCAAUGCUCCGUUUAGCCGUGGAAACAACGUCACAAAACCAAAACCAAUCUCUCUUCAAUCCCUCAUCUUAGCCAUGAAGACGGUCCAAAUCCAACCUUUUCUCCUCCCCUGCCUUUUAUUCCUUUCCUUGUCCUUCUUGAAAGCCGGAGCACGGACUGAAGCACAAGCUCUCCUCAAAUGGAAGUCCAGCUUGCUUCAGGCAGACGCUCUGAGCUCAUGGUCCCUUGCCAACUCUACCACUCCAUGCACAUGGUUUGGUGUCCGCUGCAACUCCGCAGGCAGCGUCGUGCAGCUGAGCUUACCCAAUGCCAAUCUCGACGGCACCCUCGAUGAAUUAAACUUUGCUUCUCUGCCCAGCCUCACCAAGCUCGACCUCCAUGAUAACUAUCUCCAUGGCCCCAUUCCUUCAAACAUCUCUGCUCUCUCCAAGCUCACGUCAUUAGACCUCAGCAGCAACAACUUCAAUGAAUCCAUUCCGCCAGAGAUCGGUCAGCUCUCCGAGAUGGUCGACCUCCGUCUCUACAACAACAGUCUCGGCGGGCCGAUCCCAUAUCAGCUCAGCAAUCUCCGAAAGGUACGCUACUUCGAUCUAGGAUCCAAUUACUUGGAGAACCCAGACUACAACAAGUUCACCCCACUGCCUUCCGUGACACAUCUAUCUCUAUACCUCAAUAGUUUGACCGGGAAAUUCCCACCAUUUAUACUCAACUGCACCAAUUUAACGUACCUUGACCUCUCACAAAACAACCUGACGGGUAAAUUACCCGACUCGUUGUCAACCAAUCUAGUUUACCUCCAGUCCCUAAAUCUUACCGCUAACUUCUUUAAAGGAGUAAUUCCCGUUUCCCUUGCAAAUUUGACGAGGCUACAAAACCUUCAUCUUGGAUUGAACAAUCUCACCGGAGGGAUACCGCCUAUCCUCGGGUCCAUCUCUGGCCUUCGAAUACUCGAACUCUAUAACAAUUCACUUGGUGGACCGAUCCCUUCUUCUCUCGGACAGCUCCGAAUGCUUGAGCGCAUCGAUAUCAAAGCAGCAGAAUUGAACUCUACCAUUCCUCGCGAGCUCGGCCUUUGUACUAAUCUCGAUUAUGUUGAGCUGUCCAUCAAUCAACUGACAGGUGGCUUUCCACAAUCCUUCUCGGAGCUAACCAAGAUGAGUCAGUUCGGGAUCUCGAGCAAUUUGCUCUCUGGUGAGAUCUCCCCGGACGUGUUCACGAAUUGGACAGAGCUUAUUUCCUUUCAGAUACAGAACAAUACGUUCUUUGGGCCAAUCCCACCGGAGAUUGGGUCGGCCACAAAGCUGCAAAUCCUAUUCCUCUUCCACAACAACCUAUCAGGUCCAAUCCCUCCAGAGAUUGGGAGGCUAGCCGACUUGCAGCAAUUGGAUCUAUCGGAAAAUAUUCUCACCGGUCCGAUCCCUCGGACAAUAGGAAACCUCACACAGCUCACUUCCCUAGCCCUCUUCUACAACAAGCUGAACGGCACAAUCCCAGCAGAGAUCGGAAACAUGACGGCACUGACUAGCCUAGACAUCAACACUAACCGAUUGGAGGGUGAGCUGCCGGGCACCAUUGCUCAGCUUCCAAAUCUUCAGUUUAUUUCAGUCUUUUACAACAAGCUCAGCGGUCCCAUCCCUCGAGACCUCGGCCAGAAUGGGCAUUUGAACAGUGUCAGCUUUUCAAACAAUAGCUUCUCAGGGGAAUUGCCUCCAGAUUUAUGCAAGGGCUUUGUUCUUCAGCACUUCACAGCGGAUAAUAACAACUUCACAGGCUCCCUGCCGGCUUGCUUGCGCAACUGCUCGAUACUAGUCCGAGUCCGAUUGGAGUGGAACCACUUCACUGGAGACAUAUCAGAAGCAUUCAGCGUCCAUCCGACACUAAUCUACUUGGAUCUCACCGGCAAUCAGUUGACGGGCACGCUGUCUCCAGACUGGGGGGAAUGCAAGAAUCUCACCUACUUGCACGUGGAUGGCAACAGCAUCUCUGGUCACAUUCCGGCGGCAUUCGGGAACAUGACCGAGUUACAAGACCUAAGCUUAGCUGCCAACUUUUUGUCCGGAACAAUCCCACCUCAACUGGGGAAUUUGAGUCUCUUAUACAAGCUCAAUUUGAGUAGUAAUCAGUUAUCAGGGUCGAUUCCUUCGGAGUUUGGUGAUGCUGCCCAGCUUGCUUCUCUUGAUCUCUCAGCAAACAAACUCACCGGUCCGAUACCAACCGAGCUUGGUAAUCUGAAACGUCUUUUACUGUUAGAUUUAAGCAGCAAUGACCUAUAUGGAGAGAUACCAUCUCAGCUCGGCAAUUUGGGGGCUCUUCAAAUCCUGUUAGAUUUGAGUAGCAAUUUCCUCUCUGGACCGAUUCCUUCUAAUCUAGAUAAGCUCACAUCUCUCCAGAUGCUCAAUGUCUCCCACAACCAUCUCUCCGGCCCAAUUCCACCAGCUUUGGGGAGCAUGGGCAGCUUAGAUUCUGUGGACUUCUCUUACAACGAUCUAACAGGAGCCAUUCCGGAGGGAACUGCCUUCAAGAAUGCCUCUUCCUUUGUUGGAAACACAGGGCUAUGUGGAAACGUGAAAGGACUACGUUCCUGCGAAUCUAGUUCCUCUGGUGGUGGUUCUCACAAGAAUCAUAAGAAACUGAUCAUUGCUAUUGUUGUUCCAUUUGUGGGAGUUCUAGUACUGGCAACCGCAGUUAUAACUAUUGUUCUAGCUCGCAGGAAGAGCUGGGGUGAGAAGUUUGGGAUGGAGAGUGCCAUCGGGGGGGCAUCCCAGUCUUUGAUAUGGGAAAGAGAAGGAAAGUUCACAUUUUUAGAUAUCAUGAAUGCCACAGACAACUUCAGCCAAGUCUACUGCAUUGGAAAGGGAAGCUUCGGGACAGUUUACAAAGCUGAGCUAUUGUCGGGUCAUGUAGUUGCUGUGAAACGCAUCCAAGUAUCGGACCCUGAUGAGGUUCCAGAGGUAAACAGAAAGAGCUUUGAAAACGAGAUCCGAGCUCUUACAGAGGUGAGGCACCGGAACAUAGUGAAGUUACAUGGGUUUUGUUUAAGGGGAGGGGACAUGUACCUGGUGUAUGAGUACUUGGAGAGGGGAAGCUUGGGGAAGGUGUUGUAUGGGCAAGAAGAGGGGAAGAAGUUUGAUUGGGCUACGAGGGUGAAGGUUGUUCAGGGUGUGGCUCAUGCUUUGGCCUAUUUGCACCAUGACUGCAACCCACCAAUUGUGCAUCGGGAUAUAUCGGUGAACAAUAUCUUGCUGGGGUCAGAGUUUGAGCCUCGGAUCUCUGAUUUUGGGACUGCAAAGUUGCUGAAUCCAAAUUCUUCCAAUUGGACUUCUGUAGCAGGAUCUUAUGGCUACAUGGCACCAGAGCUAGCUUACACGAUGAAGGUCACGGAUAAAUGUGAUGUAUAUAGCUUUGGAGUGGUGGCACUUGAAGUCAUGAUGGGGAAGCACCCAGGAGAACUUAUUUCCUCUUUGCCAUCUUUGUCUUCAUCAGAGGGAAAGGAUGUGUUGCUGAAGGAUGUUUUGGACCAAAGGUUGGUUCCUCCAACAGGCCAAUUAGCAGAGGAGGUGGUCUUCAUCACAAAGAUAGCCCUAGCAUGCACUCGGACUGAUCCAGAAUCUCGACCAUCAAUGCGUUUCGUAGCGCAGGAGAUAUCUGCUCGCACACAAGCCUAUCUCCCUGAACCAUUGCGAAUGAUCACGAUCAGCAAGCUAACUUCGUUCCAAAAAUGAUCUGUCUUUUGAAAUACUGAAGGCUUUGAUUGAAUCUGGAAUCACAAGGAAGAGAUCUUUGUGCAUAGUAUCUGGAAAUAUUGAAGAGUAAAAGAGGCCUCAGAAUGCUUUUUAUGCAAUGCUUCAUGAAUAUGUCUCAGCAUCGCAUGAUGGGGAAAGAAGAAAGGCAUUUGCCUGUAGUUAGUGGGAAAUGGUUGUAGAAAAUGGCUCACCAUAUGUGGCAUUGAGUACGGAUAGUUGCACUUAUGAUGUACUUUACAAAAUCUAUUGGUAUAUAUAGAAUCCUCUUCUAAAUACAUAGGUAUAUAAUCCACUGGCAGAUUAGCCUGGCAA